CGCCGCCCCCCGCACCCCCCCCCGCAGCAAGAUGGUGCAGAAGAAACCGGAGAUCCCGGGUUUCCACCGCUCCUUCAAGGGACAAAACCCCUUCGAUCUGGAGUUUGACCAAUCCAACCACCUGGAGCCCGUCUUCAACUUCGAGUGCCCGCCCCGUCCCGACAUGCCUUCGAGCCAACCCAUCGAUAUCCCUGACGCCAAGAAAAGGAACAAGAAGAAGAAGCGCUGCAGAGCAACCGACAGCUUCUCCGGCAGGUUCGAAGAUGUUUACCAGCUGCAGGAGGAGGUGCUGGGAGAAGGGGCCCACGCCAGAGUCCAGUCCUGUGUUAACCUCAUCACCAACAAGGAGUACGCGGUGAAGAUCAUAGAGAAACGCCUGGGCCACAUCCGCAGCAGGGUGUUCAGGGAGGUGGAGAUGCUGUAUCAGUGCCAGGGACACAGGAACGUCCUGGAGCUGAUCGAGUUCUUUGAGGAAGAGGAGAGGUUUUACCUGGUGUUCGAGAAGAUGAGAGGAGGCUCCAUCCUGACCCACAUCCACCGGAGACGCCACUUCAACGAGCUGGAGGCCAGCGUGGUGGUGCGGGACAUCGCCAGCGCCCUGCACUUUCUGCACAACAAAGGAAUUGCACACAGGGAUCUAAAACCGGAAAACAUUCUGUGUGAGAGCCCAGACCAGGUCUCCCCAGUGAAGAUCUGUGACUUCGACCUGGGAAGUGGCAUCAAACUCAAUGGCGACUGCUCCCCCAUCUCCACCCCGGAGCUGCUCACCCCGUGUGGCUCUGCCGAGUACAUGGCCCCAGAAGUGGUGGAAGCCUUCAACGAGGAGGCAUCCAUCUACGACAAGCGCUGCGACCUGUGGAGCCUGGGGGUCAUCCUGUACAUCAUGCUGAGCGGGUACCCCCCCUUCGUGGGUCACUGCGGCUCUGACUGCGGCUGGGACCGGGGCGAGGCAUGCCACACGUGCCAGAACAUGCUCUUUGAAAGCAUCCAGGAGGGCAAGUACGAGUUUCCGGACAAGGACUGGGCGCACAUCUCCUUCGGAGCCAAAGAUCUCAUUUCCAGGCUGUUGGUGAGAGAUGCCAAGAAGCGGCUCAGCGCAGCCCAGGUCCUGGAGCACCCCUGGGUGCAGGGGUGCGCCCCCGAUAACACCCUGCCGACCCCUAUCAUCCUGCAGAGGAACAGCAGUGCCAAAGAGCUCACCUCCUUUGCUGCUGAGGCCAUGGCCGUCAACCGCCAGCUGACGCGGCGCGACGAGGAUGAGGAGGAUGAGGCGGAGGAGGAAGCACGACCCAUCAUCAUCAAAGCUACCUCACGGGCCAUGCAGCUCUCCCCCCCCUCCGAGUCCAAGCUGGCCAAGCGGCGGCAGAAGAGCAGCCUGGCCAAGGCAGUGGCCACCGGGCAGCACCUCGUGGCCCCACUGGUCCUGGUGGCCGAUCAAGCCUGAGCUGUGCCCCCCCAGACCUGCUGUACCCUGUGUCGUCUCCCUCCUCCUCCUCUGUUCUUUCUCCCCCCCCCAUCCCAAACCCCACCGUUGCUGGUUGGUGACAAGAUCAGGACUCGUCCCUGUGGCUGGUUUCCAAGGUUGUGCUGAUCUUGUGGGGUGGGAGGGUUUGUUUAAGGUGUUUUUUCUUCUGUUAAGGUGUUAAAUCAAGCAUGAGGUUGCUUCACCCAGGGCACAUUCAAGGACAGCUGACAGACACACGGACUGGUGUUCCCUGACUCCUGCUUUCUCCUCCGACAUUCCCCUCCCCAUCCCGACACCAAAGGACUCUUUGUACCCGCGGCUGCUUUGACCAUUUCAGCUCGUUUCAUACUGUGAACAAAAGACCCUCGGUCGCAGUUGUGGGUGAACCUCCUCCCUCCCCUCAGAGCUGCAGCUCUUCCUCCCAUGGCAGGGGUGGAUCCCACAGGACCCCCAUCCUGGGUGCAGGGACCCGCUGUGCUCUGGGGGGAUGUGAUGGGUGUUGUGCAGGGAAUCGCUUGGGCCGGGGGGAGAUGGUGCCAGCGAGGGAGCAGCUCCGCAUCCCACCGAGCCACCCUCUCUGCUCAGCAACCUGCUUCCAGAAUAAGCUAUUCACCCCCUUUUCCUUCCUUCUUUCCUUUAGUUAUUGUUGGUUUUAAACUGCUAAGCUGUGCUUCUCUACAGGGCACAGGGAAAUGUCUUCCUUUGCUCCCGUGCUCCGGAUGGUGGCUGCUUGGGGGUAAGGUCAGAGCCAGGGGGGAUGCACGAGCCAUGCUCUUGUGCCGGGUCAGGUGUUGUAUCCCUGUUUUUGGAGGGGCUGCUUGCCAGUGGCUGUGCUUUUAGGGAGCUGCAGAGGGAAUGAGGUCUGCAGGGUGGCUGGAGCAGCCCCAGAUACCCCUCUGGGAAUGGCAGAUGCUCCAUAGAAAGCAAAGGGACACCCUUUAAAAAGCUUCGGGCUGGCCCUGAGGCUGCCGUGGCCGGAGGGGCUGGGGGUGCUGAGCACCCCGAGGUGCUGUGCUGGUGGCUGAGCGGCAGCACCCAUGGGCUACAGUGUAGGGGUGCAGCCAGGGGGAGCUUGGGAUGUGGGGCUGGAGGGUUUGGGGUCGGCAGCAGCACCAGGGCAGUGCAGGUUGUGAUGGGCAGCCAGGGCAUGCAGAUGUAUGUGCAUGUGUGUCCAUGUCGGCAUGCGUGACCCUGCCCUUUGCCCAGAGCUCUGGGGAAAGAGGGAACGCAGCACUUGGGAUGCUGCACCAGGACAAGGCCCUUGGCUGGUUGCUGCUGCAUGGGAUGGAUCCAGUGCUCUGGAGCCCCCUGCACCAAACCCGCUCCCCAGCACAGCUUGUGCCACCGUCCCCAUGUCCCACCAUGAGGGAACGUGUCCCCUUGGUUGGCAACCUCCUUCCCAUCCACUGCUUUGAGCUUUAUACCUUGAGAAAGCAGCCUCAAGUCCAUUGUGUGCACAGGUGGAGGCUUUGGGAGCUUGCUUUGGGGUCUUCAGCUGAGGACAGUCACUGUCUCCCGAGGGGGAAAGUUCUCCUUUUGAUUUUAAAACUGCUGACAGCAAUACUAUGCAAUAUAUGUUGGUUUUUGUUUCAGGGAGGUGUGCGUGAGUUAUCUUGGGCGAUGAUGAGCUGGGGUCUUGACGGAGUUUGGGGCAGGGGCUUCUCUUGUUGCCCUUCCACCCAGUGACAUCUAUGGGCCAGGGAAGGUGGUUUUUCCCCUCUCCAUCCCCCCCAAACACUGCCUCGCACUUGCAAUCUCCUCUCUCCCCGCCUGGUCCCACUGUGCGGGGUGGUGGUGAGGGGACAUCCCCUCAGGCACCGGGAUGCCCUGGAGAGGCCUCCUUUAAAGCAAGACAAAACAAAAUCCAUCUUGAUUGUACAUGACUUUUUUAUAGCUUGUUUUGUUUUAUCAGUUGUAGAUAAUUCCUUGUUGUCUUACAUGAAGAAAUACUUGAACGCUGUACAGUGUGCGAUGCUCGAGCUGGUGAUGUGAAAGCUGUUGGUGGUGCUGCACGCCGCAGCCUGGCUUCCUCUUGGUUUUAAACCUCACCAUGGGAAGGGGAUGGCAGGGGGGUGGCUAUAAAAUCUGUGCUGUUUGUUCCUGCCACCCUCCCCCCCCCAUGCCUCUGUUGGCAAACUGAGCUUCCCCCUCUUCCCAUGUGUGAAUCCCUUUAGAUCUGUGUAUGCCCCCACUGUUCUGAAGGCUGGCGAGCGGCUUGGGUGACCCGUGCAUGUGGGAGCUUGUCCCCAUGGGUGUUUUGCUGGUGUGAUGGCAUUGAGGGGAUGGACAUCCCGGGAGCAUCGAGCUCCUCGCUUGGUCAUUCAGCCCACGUUGGGUGCUGUGUUUUGGCUCCGGGGCUCAGGCUGGUGGUGGAGGCCAGGAUGGUGAGCGCCGCUCUGUGUGUGUAUGGAGAGUCUGAAAUGCCUCUAGAGCCAGGGGAUGGGCUCUGAAACACCUGGGUGCACCCAUGGGUGCCUCGCACUGCACUGGGCUGGUUGGCGAGAUGCUUGUGCCAGGGCCAGACAUCCCCUCCCUGCCACCAGCACCUCUCAAGGAGGGGAUGCUUCCAGACAGAUGCUCCCUGACCUGUGCUCCAGCACCAGCGAAUCCCUCUCACCACCCCCCUUGUUCCUCCUCUUCCUCUUUCACAGUCUUCCCACCCCUUUCCCUUCCCCCAUAGAGCAUCUGUCUUGGAAACCAACUUCAAAAAGUGAUGAUGAUGAUGAUGAUGAUGAUGAUGAUGAUGAUGAUGUGCUUUUUAGGCUGGAAAUUUUAAGCAUUUUGGCUUCCUCUCCUUCCCCCCUGCCCUUCCUUCAGCCAACUAACUCCACUUAGAACUGGUUAGAAACAUUUACUGUGAAGCUAACUUUGUUUUUAUGAGAACAGGAGAAACUUUCUCUCCUUUACAAUGGAAGAAGACUGCCAAAGCUGUGUUGACAAGAAUCUCGUUCACGCACUGUUGGUUGGUUUGUACAACAGCGGCCUCAGUUCGGGGCCGGCUGCAACCUGAAACUGAAACAGGGGCAAAGAAACCUGCAAAAAACCCACAAAAAAUAUAAAAAACGAAGAAAACAAGGAAAAAAAAAGACGAAACCAUAAAACCAAGCACUUUACUGUAUGUACCAGGUGACCUGAUACAGCUGAAUUGAAGUUUUUCUUUAUAACAAUUGUUGAUUCCAGAAUUUUGUAUUCUGUUUUGUAAGAAUUUAAUAAAAAUGCGUUGACAUCUA